AUGUUCUUCUUCUUCGUGUGCGGCGAGCACACAUUCCGAAAGGAAGUCUCUGAAUAUCAGGGCAUGAUAUUCCAAUGUCACCACUGUGGUAACAUGGCAGCACAUGUCCAGAAGAGUAACCCAUGGUUCACAUUCUGUUGGAUUCCGAUCAUUCCUUUGUCCAUCUCUGGCUACGUCGAUGUCGCAUGCCGUAUCUGUAACUUCCAUCAACCUCUCGUGAACCGACCCGAUGUCAAGGCCGUGACAAGUGGUGGAGGAGGAGGAGGACCUCCCCCACAACAAUACGCACCUCCUCACGGCGGACCUCAAGGACAGGCACCUAUGCGAUAUGGUUAA